AGCAACAUGGACGUGUCCUCUGCAGGGCUUGCUGGGAAGAAGGAGGCCGUGAGACAGUCGAGGUUGGCCAUUGGAGAGAAGACUUCCUUGGGUGGAAUCAAGCAGCUAAGCCCUACGAGCCAUCCAGGACACCUUUUCAAUUCCCGUGGGGAGCUCUCCAGGAAAAGACCGGUGCCAGCCAUGAUGGAAGAGGAGAUCGUGGAGGACCAGGCCAAGCUGAAGCAGGGCCUGGUCAGAGUGCUGCAUUGCGUGGCCACCAUCUCCUCGGCCGCCGCCGUGGUCAACCCCAUAUUCGGCGUGGCGGGCUCGCUGGUCCGCGUGGUGCUGCACCACAUCGACGACGAGGACAUCCGCACGCUCAAGCGCGAGUUCGGCUCGGUCAACCGGAAGCUGGACACGCUCUCGCAGAACAGCUUCAGGGCGCUGGUGGAGAUCCAGAAGAAGACGCUGGACGGGCAGUUCAGCCCCGUGGAGGAGAACCUGAAGAACCAGUUCAGGAAGUACAUGGAGCUCCUGGAGGCGCGGCCGCAGCACAGCGAGCGCAAGAAGGAGGACUUUAUAGAGAGCUACGCCAACGACAUGGGCGACCAGAACCUGCACACGCUCUACGACGGCGUGGUGGGCAAGCGCAAGCUCUUCAGCAAGCCCAUCCUGGAGGUCUACCUGAAGCACUCUGGAUACAACCGCCUCAUCAUGGAGCAACUGUGCACACGCCUCACAUACCUCUUCUGCAUCGGCCUCAUCGCCCUCAUGGGCUACACCGCCGUCAUCGGCGACGACGACGUCAGCCUGAGCGAGGAGUGGGUGGACAACAUGCAGCGUGUCGAGGAGAAGAUGAAAGAGGCGCUCAGCAGUGUGGCGCUAAUGCAAGUCAACAAGCACUAGAGGGCGUCAUGCCAUCCAGACAAUUGAUUGAUUGAAGUCAACAAGCACGUGGCCACUAGAGGGCGUCAUGUCAUCCAGACAAUUGAUUGAUUGAAGUCAACAAGCACGUGACCACUAGAGGGUGUCAUGCCAUCCAGACAAUUGAUUGAUUGAAGUCAACAAGCACGUGACCACUAGAGGGCGUCAUGCCAUCCAGACAAUUGAUUGAUUGAAGUCAACAAGCACGUGACCACUAGAGGGCGUCAUGUCAUCCAGACAAACAUGAGGAUGUUUUCAUACAAAGUCGCUAAAUGUCUGCAGCGACACAUUAACACUAAACAGAGUUACACUACUUUCCACCAUCUUUGUGUUGGUCAAACACCACAUCAGCACUUUCUGCACAAUCAUGUUGCUUUUUUUUUUUUUUUUUUACAUGUUUUCUUGAUGAAUCAGCAUUUGAUCUCAUGGGGGACUUAAAUAUGACAGUCUUUUUUUCUAUGUGCACUUAUUUUACACAUGCACUACAUUUUUUUUAGCAUUUUGGGUUUAUAUUCAUUAGAUUUUUACUUCAUGUUGCCAUGGUAAAGGUGACCUUCCAACAUUUGUAUCGUGUCAGGUUCUGUUUGGGCUCUUGAUGCUUGCUCAAAAAGGUUCAUUAUGUCUUCUUAUUCUUUAUGCUUGUUUUGAAGUGCUGCUUGAAAUAAAUACCAACGC